AUGCUGUACCUCGCAGAGCAUCACCUUGAUGAACUGUUGAUCUCCAUCCCCGCGCAAGUUCUAGUCAUCGACCAGCUUCCAGCAAGUUCCAAGUUCCAAGUUCCUUGGCCAGCACAACUAGUCCAUCCUCUGGACGGAGCAGCCUGGCUACACUGCUCAGAGUUUUCUCUUGUAGCGGCUUCCAGUCAGCUUUACAGUGCAAGCUUUGAGAAUGAGAAGCAUCGCGUUGCAGAGCUCGUAAGAAACGCUAGAGAUGUAGCCACUGCAAGUCGAGUACACUGGAGCAUACACAAGAGCAGGCUCUCCAAAAACAAGUAUAUCUCCAACCUGCUCGUCCAAAUGUAUGGCAAACUUGGCAGCCUUGGCGAAGCGCUUCAAGUGUUCGAUUCAAUCGCACAACCCAAUCUUUUCUCCUGGAGCAUUGUUGUGGUGGCAUUUGUCCAGAAUGGCGAAUUGGAGAAAUCAUGGACGCUACUCGAAAAGAUGCCCGAGACCAACGUAAUUGCUGUCACAGCCAUUUUGACAGCCUAUGCUAAGCAGGGAAACUUAAACGAGGCCAAGGUGAUAUUUGACAAUGCCCCGGAGAGGAAUCUAGUCACUUGGAAUACUAUGCUCCAGGUAUAUUCGCGGACAGGGCAUCUGAAAGAAUGUAGAAAGAUCUUCGAGGACAUGCCAGCCAGAGAUUCCGUGUCAUGGAAUAUGCUAAUCACAGCCGCUGUAAACAACGGCAAUGUGGAAUAUGCGCGGGAAUGUUUUCAACUGGCUCCCGACAGAGACGUGGUACUCUGGACAACCUUGCUGGCGGCAUAUGCCGAGAUAGGGAAUCUGGAAGAAGCAAAGGGGUUGUUCGACCGGAUGCCGUCCACGGACGUGGUGACGUGGACGGCCAUGAUCAUCGCCUACGCUCAUAGCGGCCACCUUGAGGGGGCUAGAGCCGUGUUUGAUAGAAUGCCUGAAAGAAAUGUCGUGUCCUGGACGAGCAUGGUGGCGAUUCUUGGCAAAACUGGCAUGGUGGGCGAUGCUAAACUCAUCUUUGAUUCCAUGCCCGAGCAAAAUGAGGUUUCGAUCACGGCGAUGAUCGCUGCAUACGCGAAACAUGGCCAAGUAGAAGCCGGAAUGGCACUGAUAGAUCGAAUUCCAACCUUAAACACAGAGAUUUGUACGACGAUGAUUCAAGCUCAUGCCCAAGCCGGAGAUUUAGACCGUGCAAAGAGAAUGUUUGAUUCGAUGAGGGAUCACGACGUAAUCGCGUAUAACACAAUGAUCAGUGCAUACGUCGAUUCUUUCAAAGUAGAGCACGCAAAGUGUUUGUUCGACAAGAUGCCUGUGCAGAAUCUUGUGACAUGGAAUGCUAUGCUUGCGGCAUAUGCCUUGAAUGGGCAUCUUGAUCAAGCAAAAGAGUUGCUGCUUUCAAUGCCGGACAAAGAUGUGGUGACGUGGACAACGGUGAUCAUAGCAUACGUGGCUGCUGGAGACCUGGACACGUCACAGAUAUUGUUUGACAACAUGGUCGAGCGGACGUCGGUGUCUUGGGCUGUUAUUCUUGCAGCAUAUGCCCAGAGUGGGCAUCUUUGCAAAGCAAGAGGAAUCUUCGACAAGAUACCCUGUUUAAACGCUGUGAUAUGGACGUCAAUGGUGGCAGCGCAUGCGCACUUUGGACUUGGGAGCCAAGCCGUUGAUCUCUUCCAACGCUUGAACCUUGAAGGGCUGGAUUCCUGCCAAGUGUUGCUCACUCACAUUUUGAACGCUUGCAGCCACUUGGGUCUUGUUGAGGAAGGCCGGAAAUUCUUUAGAUUUAUGGUUUCUGAGCGAGAACUAUCUCCAACCAAGGAGCACUUUCGAGCGAUGGUGGAUAUCCUGGGAAGAGCCGGGCAGCUCAAAGGUGCCGAGGAGAUUAUUGUCAACAUGCCCUUUGUUCCUGACGUUGGUGACUGGGAAUCGUUGUUGGGCUCUUGCAAGAUGCAUAGAGAAGUUGUCUUGGCAGCUCGAGCAGCAGAGAUGGUGUCUCGGUUGGAUCGGAAAAACACUACUAGUUACCUGUUAAUGUCAAACUUAGUUACCAGCUAA